GUCUGACAGAGCAGCAGCGAUACACUGAGGAGGAGAUAUCUCUCUAUAGUCGUCUCUGCAAGCGCAACCUGAUAGCUCUGCUGCAGCGUUCUGUUGGUCUACAAUCCUGAUAUGUGGGCAUAAAAUACAGCCUAAAAAUGAGUGGAGAAAGCAACAGUGCAAGUCUUACCAAAGGACUGGUUCUGGAAGACUCUGGGAAAGGACUUGCCAUUACCGGGAACACAGAUGACACAAUCACUGCAAAAAGUGGUCUGAAAGCUGAGGAUGAGAUUGUUGCAGUCACAAUAAAAGUAGAUGACCUCAACAAGAAAGAAGUUCUGGACUUCCUGCAGAGCCUCAAACCACGUGAAGACAAUGUGAAAGUUGUGACAAAGAAGGACUUGAAUGCCAGCGCUAGUUUGGGUCCCUUGGGAUUAGGUCUCAAGGGUCCUACAGAGGACCUCCUGGACAAGGAUCUAACACUAAAGGCAUCCGCUGAAGCACCGACUGUUUCUGUGGAUGGCUUGGACGGAAAGCUGAAAGCUGCACCUUGCAUAGGAGCUGAAAUUAGUGGUCCUGCUCUCAAUGGUGCCGUACCCAAACUCAGCCUAAAUAAAGCCUCAGGUGACGCUGGUGCUGCAAUCAAAGCACCCUCCAUUGGGCUGAAACGACCAGAUUUAAAUGCAGAUCUAAGUGGCAACCUUAAAGCUCCUGGUGCCAGUGUCUCAGUUCCCCAGCUCAACACAGGCAACUUUAAUGACAAGACCCCCAAAUUUAAAAUGCCACAAUUCGAUCUGCCUCAUAUCAAAACACCCACAACAGAUGUUGACAUUACCUUGCCCGAAGCUGACACCAAAGGCUCUGAUGUAGAUGUUCAAACCCCUGAGGUUGACAUUGAUGCCUCAUCUGGUAAAAUCAACUGGCCUCAUUUGAAGCGGAAGAAAAAAAUUCAUGGGUCGAAACCAGAUCUGGACUUGGAUACAAACAUUGAUUCACCAGAUGUUAAUCUCUCUGUUCCAAAAGUGGAGGGUAAGCUGAAUACUCCAGAGGUUGAUAUUAACUUGCCAGAUGCAGAUAUCAAAGGUCCUGACGUAGAUGUGCAAACCCCAAAUAUUCAUGUAGAAGCUCCAUCUGGUAAAAUCAACUGGCCUCAUAUGAAAUGGAAAAAGCCCAAACUUCAAGGCCCAAAAGCAGACUUAGACAUGGAUGCAGACCUAAAAACAUCUGAUUUGAAUCUCACAGCUCCAAAGAUUGAGGGUGACAUCAAUGUGCCAAAUGCUGAGCUGAAUCUCCCAAAAGCUGACCUUAAACGUACUGAUGUAGAUGUUAACGCCCCAGAUCUUGAUAUUGACUCUCCCUCAGGAAAAAUCAACUGGCCUCAUCUGAAAUGGAAAAAAAACAAAUUACAUGGCCCCAAAGUUGAUGUGAGUGAAAAUUUGAAUGCCCCAGAUGUUGAUCUCACAGUACCAAAAACUGAUGGUGAGAUUAAUUCACCAGAUGUUGAUCUGAAUUUACCCAGAGCCACUGUUGAUGCCACACCACCAAAUGUAGACAUCAAGUCUCCAUCUGGUAAGUUCAAAUGGCUCACUCUGAAAAAGCCAAAGCAGUCAAUCUCACGACCUAAGGUUGAUGGUCCAGAUGUUGAUUUAGAUGCUGAUGUUUCAGCUCCUGACUUGAAUCUCUCUGCUCCAAAAAUUGAUGGUGAGAUAAAUGCACCAAAUGUCAAUGUAAAUUUACCAAAAGCAGAAUUGGAAGCCCCCAAGUUACAUAUUGAUUCUCCAGAGGUUGAUGUUAAUGGUCCCUCCGGGAAAGCCAAAUGGCUCAACUUUAAGAAACCCAAAUUUGCUACACUAAAAGGACCAAAGGCUGACCUUGAUGCUAAUGUAAAGGUACCAGAUGCGGAUCUCAAAGGGCCUGGAGUGGCUUUGAGUGCACCAGAAGUUAAUCUUUCUGCACCAAAAAUUAAAGGUGGAAUUGAGACUCCAGACCUCAACAUCAACAUACCUAAUGCUGAUAUUAAAAGUCCAGAUGUGGAUCUUAAUGGUCCAGAUGUUGACCUCGAUAAUAAGCUAAAGUUACCCAAAUUUAAAUUGCCAAAACUCAAAGGUCCAAAAGUAAAUGGUCCUGAAUUGGAUGCUGAUCUGAAAGCACCAGCCAUUGAUGCCAGUCUCGACUUGCCCAAAGUUGAUGCACCUCAAGUAGACCUUAAAGCACCAGAUCUUGAUAUCAGCUUACCAAAAGCUGAUCUCAAAGGUCCUGAUGUAAACAUUGAAACUCCAGACUUUGAUGCCUCAGCUGGAAAACUGAAGCAACCCAAAUUUAAAUUACCGAAGUUUGGCAUGGCAGGACCAAAGGUAAAAGGACCCAAAGUUGAUGUAAAUGCUGACAUCAACAGCCCAGACAUGGAACUGUCUCUUCCAGAUGUAGAUGCAAACCUGCCCAAAGCAGAACUUUCAGCACCCAAGGUUGAUCUGAAAGCACCAGCCAUUGAUGCCAUUCUCGACUUGCCCAAAGUUGAUGCACCUCAAGUAGACCUUAAAGCACCAGAUUUAGAUAUCAGUUCACCAAAAGGUGCUCUCAAAGGUCCUCAUGUAAACAUUGAAACUCCAGACUUCGAUGCCUCAGCUGGAAAACUGAAGCAACCCAAAUUUAAAUUACCAAAGUUUGGCAUGGCAGGACCAAAGGUAAAAGGACCCAAACUUGAUGUAAAUGCUGACAUCAACAGUCCAGACCUGGAUCUGUCUCUUCCAGAUGUAGAUGCAAACCUGCCCAAAGCAGAACUUUCAGCACCCAAGGUUGAUCUGAAAGCACCAGCCAUUGAUGCCAGUCUCGACUUGCCCAAAGUUGAUGCACCUCAAGUAGACCUUAAAGCACCGGAUCUUUCCUUGUCAGCACCUAAAGUCAAAGGCAGUGUUGAUGCCCCAGAUCUUGAUAUCAGCUUACCAAAAGCUGAUCUCAAAGGUCCUGAUGUAGACAUUGAAACUCCAGACAUCGAUGCCUCAGCUGGAAAACUGAAGCUACCCAAAUUUAAAUUACCAAGGUUUAGCAUGGCAGGACCAAAGGUAAAAGGACCCAAAGUUGAUGUAGGUGCUGACAUCAACAGUCCAGACAUGGAUCUGUCUCUUCCGGAUGUAGAUGCAAGCCUGCCCAAAGCAGAACUUUCAGCACCCAAGGUUGAUCUGAGAGCACCAGCCAUUGAUGCCAGUCUCGACUUGCCCAAAGUUGAUGCACCUCAAGUAGACCUUAAAGCACCAGAUCUUUCCUUGUCAGCACCUAAAGUCAAAGGCAGUCUUGAUGCUCCGGAUUUAGAUAUCAGUUUACCAAAAGCUGAUCUCAAAGGUCCUGAUGUAAACAUUGAAACCCCAGACAUUGAUGCCUCCGCUGGAAAAAUGAAGCUACCCAAAUUUAAAUUACCAAAGUUUGGCAUGGCAGGACCAAAGGUAAAAGGACCCAAACUUGAUGUGAAUGCUGACAUCAACAGUCCAGACCUGGAUCUGUCUCUUCCAGAUGUAGAUGCAAACCUGCCCAAAGCAGAACUUUCAGCACCCAAGGUUGAUCUGAGAGCACCAGCCAUUGAUGCCAGUCUCGACUUACCCAAAGUUGAUGCACCUAAAGUAGACCUUAAAGCACCAGAUCUUUCCUUGUCAGCACCUAAAGUCAAAGGCAGUCUUGAUGCUCCGGAUUUAGAUAUCAGUUUACCAAAAGCUGAUCUCAAAGGUCCUGAUGUAGACAUUGAAACUCCAGACAUCGAUGCCUCAACUGGAAAACUGAAGCUACCAAAAUUUAAAUUACCAAGGUUUAGCAUGGCAGGACCAAAGGUAAAAGGACCCAAAGUUGAUGUAGGUGCUGACAUCAACAGUCCAGACAUGGAUCUGUCUCUUCCAGAUGUAGAUGCAAACCUGCCCAAAGCAGAACUUUCAGCACCCAAGGUUGAUCUGAAAGCACCAGCCAUUGAUGCCAGUCUUGACUUGCCCAAAGUUGAUGCACCUCAAGUAGACCUUAAAGCACCGGCUCUUUCCUUGUCAGCACCUAAAGUCAAAGGCAGUCUUGAUGCUCCAGAUUUAGAUAUCAGCUUACCAAAAGCUGAUCUCAAAGGUCCUGAUGUAGACAUUGAAACUCCAGACAUCAAUGCCUCAGCUGGAAAACUGAAACAACCCAAAUUUAAAUUACCAAAGUUUGGCAUGGCAGGACCAAAGGUAAAAGGACCCAAAGUUGAUGUAGAUGCUGACAUCAACAGUCCAGACAUGGAUCUGUCUCUUCCGGAUGUAGAUGCAAGCCUGCCCAAAGCAGAACUUUCAGCACCCAAGGUUGAUCUGAGAGCACCAGCCAUUGAUGCCAGUCUCGACUUGCCCAAAGUUGAUGCACCUCAAGUAGACCUUAAAGCACCAGAUCUUUCCUUGUCAGCACCUAAAGUCAAAGGCAGUCUUGAUGCUCCGGAUUUAGAUAUCAGUUUACCAAAAGCUGAUCUCAAAGGUCCUGAUGUAAACAUUGAAACCCCAGACAUUGAUGCCUCCGCUGGAAAAAUGAAGCUACCCAAAUUUAAAUUACCAAAGUUUGGCAUGGCAGGACCAAAGGUAAAAGGACCCAAACUUGAUGUGAAUGCUGACAUCAACAGUCCAGACCUGGAUCUGUCUCUUCCAGAUGUAGAUGCAAACCUGCCCAAAGCAGAACUUUCAGCACCCAAGGUUGAUCUGAGAGCACCAGCCAUUGAUGCCAGUCUCGACUUACCCAAAGUUGAUGCACCUAAAGUAGACCUUAAAGCACCAGAUCUUUCCUUGUCAGCACCUAAAGUCAAAGGCAGUCUUGAUGCUCCGGAUUUAGAUAUCAGUUUACCAAAAGCUGAUCUCAAAGGUCCUGAUGUAGACAUUGAAACUCCAGACAUCGAUGCCUCAACUGGAAAACUGAAGCUACCAAAAUUUAAAUUACCAAGGUUUAGCAUGGCAGGACCAAAGGUAAAAGGACCCAAAGUUGAUGUAGGUGCUGACAUCAACAGUCCAGACCUGGAUCUGUCUCUUCCAGAUGUAGAUGCAAACCUGCCCAAAGCAGAACUUUCAGCACCCAAGGUUGAUCUGAAAGCACCAGCCAUUGAUGCCAGUCUUGACUUGCCCAAAGUUGAUGCACCUCAAGUAGACCUUAAAGCACCGGCUCUUUCCUUGUCAGCACCUAAAGUCAAAGGCAGUCUUGAUGCUCCAGAUUUAGAUAUCAGCUUACCAAAAGCUGAUCUCAAAGGUCCUGAUGUAGACAUUGAAACUCCAGACAUCAAUGCCUCAGCUGGAAAACUGAAACAACCCAAAUUUAAAUUACCAAAGUUUGGCAUGGCAGGACCAAAGGUAAAAGGACCCAAAGUUGAUGUAGAUGCUGACAUCAACAGUCCAGACCUGGAUCUGUCUCUUCCAGAUGUAGAUGCAAACCUGCCCAAAGCAGAACUUUCAGCACCCAAGGUUGAUCUGAAAGCACCAGCCAUUGGUGCCAGUCUCAACUUGCCCAGAGUUGAUGCACCUCAAGUAGACCUUAAAGCACCGGAUCUUUCCUUGUCAGCACCUAAAGUCAAAGGCAGUCUUGAUGCUCCGGAUUUAGAUAUCAGUUUACCAAAAGCUGAUUUCAAAGGUCCUGAUGUAGACAUUGAAACUCCAGACAUCGAUGCCUCAGCUGGAAAAAUGAAGCUACCAAAAUUUAAAUUACCAAAGUUUGGCUUGUCAGGACCAAGGGUAAAAGGACCCAAAGUUGAUGUAGAUGCUGACAUCAACAGUCCAGACCUGGAUCUGUCUCUUCCAGAUGUAGAUGCAAACCUGCCCAAAGCAGAACUUUCAGCACCCAAGGUUGAUCUUAAAGCACCAGCCAUUGGUGCCAGUCUCAACUUGCCCAGAGUUGAUGCACCUCAAGUAGACCUUAAAGCACCGGAUCUUUCCUUGUCAGCACCUAAAGUCAAAGGCAGUCUUGAUGCUCCGGAUUUAGAUAUCAGUUUACCAAAAGCUGAUUUCAAAGGUCCUGAUGUAGACAUUGAAACUCCAGACAUCGAUGCCUCAGCUGGAAAAAUGAAGCUACCAAAAUUUAAAUUACCAAAGUUUGGCUUGUCGGGACCAAGGGUAAAAGGACCCAAAGUUGAUGUAGAUGCUGACAUCAACAGUCCAGACCUGGAUCUGUCUCUUCCAGAUGUAGAUGCAAACCUGCCCAAAGCAGAACUUUCAGCACCCAAGGUUGAUCUUAAAGCACCAGCCAUUGGUGCCAGUCUCAACUUGCCCAGAGUUGAUGCACCUCAAGUAGACCUUAAAGCACCGGAUCUUUCCUUGUCAGCACCUAAAGUCAAAGGCAGUCUUGAUGCUCCGGAUUUAGAUAUCAGUUUACCAAAAGCUGAUCUCAAAGGUCCUAGUGUAGAAAUUCCCACUGUGCAUGCCUCAUGCGAGGAAAGAGUUGAGACACCCAAGGUAAACAUGUGCCCAGCAGACACCAACAUUUCUGUUCCUGGAGUAGGUUUGAGUGCAUCAAAGAUAGAGGGAGAUGUCUAUGAACCCAAUGUUGAAAUAAAAGCUCCAAAUGUGGAUGUCAUUACUGAGAAAUACAAGCCAUUUUUCAAGUUUCCAACGAAAACUCCAGAGGUCAAUACUUGUGCAAACCUUAUGGAAGAUGAUGGUGUUGACUCUGAGAAUGAUGUGUCAAAUACUGAAGUGGAGAUUCCAACAUUUAAAUUCCACAGGCUGCCUACAUACACCAUUCCUGGUAUUGGAGAUAUUGCAGAAGCAAUUGGCUUAUCAAAACUUGACACAGAGGAAAAGGAUUAUGUUGUCAGCAAAGGCAUACGAUUGCCAAUACUGAAUGCAGCAAUAACGGCAGGAAACAGGAUUGACAUUAUGGAGAGAUUGAAAAUGGCAAAGGAAAAAAGAGCCAACAUCUCACCGACCGAAGAGAAAAAUGAUAGCAAUCUGAAACUUUCUGCCCCAAAUGUUAAUGUAAGUGCCUCCACAGAAGCAGGAGAUUCCUCUCUGGUGAGAGGAGGUACUUUCAAAGUAGAAAAGCCGGAAAAGUCUGACUUGGGUCUACAAGCUCCGGAAAUUUCAACAUCCGAUGAAAAUGAAAAAUUGUCUGUUGGCCUCUCAAAUAUGCUUGGAUUAAACAUCAAGGAUUAACGUGCUAAUUGAUUCUUUCAAGGUUAAUCUGAGAACUAAAGCUUCUGUCCUGCAGUAUUGUAUAUACAUGUAACUAAAACAAAUCCUCACUUGUGUUUGUAAUCAAAAACAAAGAGAAAGGGUAUUGAAAGAUGAUGUCAGUUACAGUACUAUUAUUGUGCAAUAACUUUACCAAAUGAAGAAAACUGUUUUAUAGACUGUAUGUAUGUUGUGUUAUUUAUACAUCCUUUUUUUCCCUAUAAACAUAGUUAAUUUGCAAGUGUGAUUCCUAAUAAAUAAUUGCAUAUGAUGAAACUUAACUAUUUACGUUUCUGAGAGGAACUUUAGCUUAAAUAUUUUUAAGAAUCAGUGAACUGUGUGAAUGAAUGUUUCUUUUUGUUUGCUCAGUAAAUCAACCAAAUGCUUUCAAUAUGAUUGUGAAUCUUUACUAAUAUUACAAUUAAAAUAAAAUGGACCA